GGCAGAGGCCUGUUGGCAGAAUGUCUGAAGAUAAAGCAAAAGAUAAUACAAGCAGACUUCUGCUUCCGGCAUACAGGACAACAUACGAUAGUUUUCCUCUCUCGAGUAGGCGACUUCUACGAAGCAUGGGGUUUCGAUGCAGUGCUGUGUGUGCAGUUUUGUGUUAUGCGGAGAAAUUCGUGAGUAAAUAAGUUUUAGUUUAUGUUCGGAGUAGCAAAAAUAGUGGUUUUAUUUAUAGACGUAGAGGUCUGAGCAGCUUGUUUUCGUUUUCUAGUACUUCUGUGUAUAAGUUUUAAGGUUAUCCUCCUUAAACCCUUGGAGUUACGUCGUACCCAAAACCAAAGGGGUGCUCAUGAUCUACGUUGUCAUACUCCUUGUUCAUCUAUCUUGGUAUUUAUGUACGCUCUUUGUUUACGUCAAUCCUCUCUGCCUACCUCGAUCCAAAUCCUACCCCAGACUCUAAGAGCAGGCUGAAUCCUAUGGGGGGCAAGCCACGUGCUGGCUGUCCUAAAGGAUCCAUCCAGCAGACUUGCGACGCCUUAACGGCUGAAGGCUUCAAGGUCGCGAUUUACGAAGAAGCCAAUGCGGUUAACUUGCGGAGGAAUAAGUUUUUAAGGCUCGAUAGUACACUUUAUUUUUUGCAAGGGUCAUAAUUUUCUUCGGUUCUUUCCCGCUUUGGAUCCCGAAGAAAUGAAGGGAAGAAAUGGACUGCAGCUUUGGCCUCUAAAUAAGGGAAGAAAUUUUGGUGGUGGUGUUGGGAUCCGCGGCAGAAGUAGUGCAAGUUUUACCUCUUUGUCGUCUCCAGCAACAAGAUCUGCAUCUCCUUCGUCUCCUGCUGUUGGUGGUGGCCUGAAACAACGCUUCUUAGCUCAAAUAGUGACAGCAGCGGAACCGACAUAUCGUCACGGUCCAGGCCCUUUGCAACUGUCCUUAAGGGUAGGUUCUUAGUAAAGGUGUUCUUCCUGUUGCCGUUUGUUUUGCCUCUCUCUGUCUCUUAAGGUUAAGGGACGAGAAAAGCAUAAAAACAAAGGGGAAACUUCACGAACACAAAAACCCUGCUACCUCUAAUGUCCAAUCAAACGCCUAGACCUAUCGUAGCACUGAAUCCAACUUCUCAUCAUACGAACAGAUUUGAUCUCUGCGAAAUUUACCUGGACACGAAAACAAUCAGGAAGGGACGAAAUUUGACUCGUGAGGCGGUGAAAAGUCAAUUAGAAAGAAUACCAGGAGGCUGUGCGGAGCUGUUAGUGUUAAGGGUUUCCGAAUUACAUCCCUCACGACCAUCCUUGGCUCCUUUUCAAGGGGAAAAUAGGUCAAGGAUGUUCUGAAGCAUGCAACUCGGCAGCCUCUAAUAGUGUUUUCGUCUGGGGAAGCUGCGUGCUCUGGUGCAGAACACUUCUUGAACUCAUCUUCUACAACUGGUGACUUGAGCUUUGCCUUUUUGCAGCAGUACACAUCAACAGCGUCGAUGAUAAUUUUGCCAAGCUGUAUAGAGAAUCGUCAGCUUCAUGGCAGGAGCCACGCAGCUUCUCAAGCCUCCGCCAGCAUGGACGGCAUCGACUCGCUCACUUCCGAAACCUUCCGUGUCCUAAACAUACAGAACAAAGAUGACUUCCGUGAGCUUUCUAGUUCUCGAACCACUUCUAGUUCUCCUACCAGAGCUAGAGGACACAGAAGAAAUUCCUUUGGAGGACUUCACAGCGAAUACGAAGAAGAUGAACAACAACGAGCGACGCCUUUAACUUCAAGUAAUCUGUCCACCAUGCGUCUUGCUCCGCUUGGGGUAGGGGUUGCCCGGUUUCUAGGAUUGACUUUAGUGCCAUCUAGUGGUGGAGGUUCUGGCGGUGGGACGAGAAUGCUGACAUCCGCGGGACGUGGUGAUUAUGCUGAAAGACUAGAACUGCUCUACUGUAAAAAGAUUAUGUAAAAAAAUAUCGAGUUCGAGACUUAGUUCCGUUUUAACUUCUUCAAGGAGAAUUAUGAAUGGGAUGUAAUUGCCAAGUCAAUGACCCAUGACAAUGCCUAAGGCCUUUGCUCUAUCCUCGUACAAGCUGGAUAGGAAGAUGAAUAUACGUUAUAAAUAUAUUCUCACCGACUUCGACGAGGUUUCAACAGCAGAUCAGAUAUAUCUUCUUCGACAUCUGAUCUGCUGUUGAAACCUCGUCGACUGUUUGAUGCGAUGAAGAUUCCCCCAAGUGUCCCUAUCCCAUAGCCAAAAGUGGAGAUGCUAUAAUACAUGUGA